CCCAAAACUAGGAUGGCGAGUCUACUGGUGUUCACCGUCUCAGAGUCUUUCUCGGGUGCCAGAGUCAAAUGAUCCGCGCAUAGGAAAGUUGAACCAUGAGACAUUUGCAUUUGUUUGAUCGAAGACCAUUUUCAGCGUUCUGAAAGCUCAUUCAGCCGUCUUCUGCGUCUCGUAGUCUCUUCACGUGGCUGCUUGUUGUUUGGGGCAAUAGUAGUGGUGUUGCCCCUCCGAUUUGCCAUUGAUUCUGAUGCAGGUACGUCGAAGUAACUCAUCUUUUCUAGCAGGCAGCGCAUCAUUGCUCACAGGGUCCUCUCGGUCUAGCCUUUCCUGUUGAACCCCCCACUGACUGCGGGGGUGAGCAGGGCCCCUGCGUACGAGUCGCCAUGGCGGAGGCCCCCGAUGCAGGGCCGCCAGAAGAACGGCCAGCGCGGGUGCCGAGCGGGGAGGGGGCCAGCACGGCCGGUGGCGAUGCUGAGGGCGGAGUGAUCUUCAUCCUGGAGAAGGCGUCCCUGGAGGCGGCCAAGGUCGGCAAGGGGUACGUGCUGCUCAACUGCGACGACCACGCCAACUUCUUGCGCAAGCACGGGCGCGACCCCGCACUGUACCGCCCCGACAUUCUGCACCAGGAGCUGCUGGCCAUCCUGGACAGCCCGCUCAACAAGGCCGGCCGCGUGCGGGCCAUCUUCGUGGCCACCGAGAAGAACGUGCUCAUCCAGGUCAACCCGCACCUGCGCAUCCCGCGCACCUUCCGCCGCUUCUGCGGCCUCAUGGUCCAGCUGCUGCAGAAGCUGAGCAUCCGCGCCAGCAACGGCCCCGACAAGCUGCUGCGCGUCGUCAAGCACCCCGUCACCAAGUACCUGCCCCCCGCCACGCGCCGCGUCGGCCUCUCGUACAGCUCCCCCAAGGUCGUCUUCCUGCCGCAGUACGUUGCCGCGUUGCCGCCCGCGUCCACCGUCGCCUUUGUGGUGGGCGCCAUGGCGCACGGCAAGGUCGAGGCGCAGUACGUCGACGAGAUGGUCGCAGUAUCGGAGUUCCCCCUAAGCGGAGCAUGCUGCAUUGGCCGAAUCUGCAACACUUUCGAAACACAGUGGCACAUCUUGUGACUUCCAUCUGUGGAGAAUAUCUUUGGUGGAUCGCCAUGGUUUUCAUCGAACUUUCAACACAUGCAUGUUUUACUGAUAUAUCACAUUGACCAACUCUUCCUUGAGUGCUUUACAUGUUGUAACAAUGCCCGAGUCGGCAUCACACAAAAAGCUGAAACAAACCACUGUCAAUAUUUGUCACGCGC